UACCGUAUCUCAAUCAUCCCAACCUGCGUCUUUUAUAUAUUCGAUCCACAGGCUCGAGUGUCGGUGAGUGCAAAUACAGGCAAAAUGAGCGGCCACCUUCGGGGCGGAACCAGUCUUGACUAUGCUGUUGUGCACUUCUUGGCCGAAAACUCAAUAGAAAUUGUACCAAGAACGUGGGUGUCCAAGGACAGAAAGUCUGUACUGUGGCCGGCAUAUGGACGUAUGCGAAUGAAAAGGGCAAUCGAAAAACACGAAAGACCUGAAAACACAUGGAAGACCUUCAGCUGCAGGGUGGUCUUUACUGGAGAUUAUCAAAGCGCACUCAAACAAGCCGAAGAAGCAGAGUACAUGACCGACCUCCAUGGUGAUGAUGAGUCGGACGCUUCGUGCUCACUAGCUCAACCUAUGUCGUCACAAGCCUGUGGAACACCAAACAUUGCUGCGAGCCAGAGUGGAAAUGGAAGUAUGCGCUCUGAAAUCUCUGUACCUAUCAGCAUACCUGCCUCGGAGAGCACUGAUGACAGUGAGGCAUACUGCACAAGCAGUGCAUACACUUCAGGGAAGAAAAGGCACGCCAGUGAAGAUGAACAUGGUUCCUCACCACGCAAGCUGGAUCCCAACAAGGUCAACCGCCGGAUGUUCCGACGGCUACUUGAAAAGAUGGAAGCUCUAUCCGAUGACACCAAGAAGCUCGGCAGGGAAACUCGACAAAUACGCAGCAUGUUGCAACAGCACAUGCAACCAGAUGAUGUAUCAAAUGUGGAGUCUUUUGAUGUUUUACCAGUUAAAGAUGAGCUUGGCCUUCACGCAAUUGAGAGAAGCCUCACAGAUGAAACUAACUUCAGAGGAUUUGUUUGUCAGCUCUGGACAUCAGGGGGCUCCAGCAGCGCCGAAUGCACCAGGAACAUAUUGAAAAGACUCAUGAGCCUUGAAUUUGCAGCAGGGCUUUGCUACUCCGGACAUAAUGCCAAUAAGAGAGUGUUCAAGGAGCUCCUAAUGUCACGUCUUCUAACUGCCUGCGUUCGAAGGGCAUUUCCCAGUACUACAGACAAAGAGAUUGCAGCUGCUGCAAGGAAUUAUUUUCGGUGUGCCCCAGGGGUGGUGCGAAGAAGGCGCAGCCACACUGAUUUCGACAAUGCAGAAGAUUGAUACAGCUGGGCAGUAGCGAACAUGUUUACGUCACUCUUCGCAUGCGCCACAAAAAGGAGCUUCCAGGGCAAGACAGCGCCUGUAACCAUCCCAUGUAAAACUGCUAUAUCUGUGAUAUUUGACAUUAAUAAUAAUUGAUUUUAUACA